AUGCUGCCCAUUUUCUUUCUAACCAGGCGAAGCACAAGAGGAGCAGCUGUGCUCCCAGAGGGAGCCUCCCAGGAGAUGGAGACACUGGAUACUAACAUCUCAGAGGAACAGAGAUUCUGCAAGUUCUCAGAAGACUACAAGCAAAUCUACCUCUCCCUGACCUACAGUAUCAUUCUCGUGCUAGGGCUGCCCCUGAAUGUCACGGUCUUGUGGCUCUCCUGGCGCCAAACCAAGCGCUGGAGCUGUGCCACCAUCUAUCUGGUGAACCUGAUGGUGGCUGACCUGCUUUGUGUGCUGACGCUGCCCUUCCUCAUCAUCGCCUACUCCCUGGGUGACAGGUGGCCCUUCGGGGAGCUGCUGUGCAAGCUGGUGCGCUUCCUGUUUUACACCAACCUCUACAGCAGCAUCCUGCUACUGACCUGCAUCUCUGUACACCGCUUCCUGGGUGUGUGCCACCCCCUGCGUUCGCUGCCCUACCGGACCCGCCGGCAUGCCCUCCUGGGCACCGCCACCACCUGGGCCCUGGUGGUCCUCCAGCUACUGCCCACCCUGUUCUUCUCCCAAACAGACUAUGUUGGUGGCCAUAUGGUCUGCUACGACAUGACAAGCCCUGAAAAUUUUGAUCGGUUUUUCGCCUAUGGCGUGUUUCUAACAUUGUCUGGAUUCCUUUCCUUCUUUGGUCAUCUUGGUGUGCUACUCGCUGAUGGUGAAGAGCCUGAUCAAGCCAGGAGAGACCCUCAUGAAGACAGGCAAUGCAGCCCGGACCAAGUCCAUCCGGACCAUCUUGCUGGUGUGCGGCCUCUUCACUGUCUGCUUUGUGCCCUUCCACAUCACACGCUCCUUCUACCUCAUGCUCCGCUUCCUAUCUUCAGAGGACUGCCAGCUCUUGAUGGUGGCCAGCUUGGCCUAUAAGAUAUGGAGGCCACUGGUGAGCAUGAGCAGCUGCCUCAACCCAGUCCUGUACUUUCUCUCAGGGGCAACAACAGAGUCAGGCUCUUCCAGGAACUCAGACACAACAAGGUGGGUGAGCAACCAGCUGGAACCAAAGGACAGAGACCCAAGAGUGGGCAGAUCUGGGUACUAACAAGAUGA